UUGAGUUUUCUUUGUGGUCGAUGGCACAACAUGGAUUCGCGCUUUCGUGCCGCACACCCCCUAUACAAAUGGUUCUUCGGGUUCUGCAUACUUUUGCUGAUCUUCGUGUUUUCCAAUCGUUUUCCAAAUGAAUUACCGAAUGAAAAAAAUGCGAAUACAGUUUCCCUUCUAUCGCGAAUCGUUAAUGCCACUCUCACACCACAAAAAUACUUUGUGAAGACGGCCCAGUGUCAUAUACCCUUUGUAGACCCGUUCAACGAGGAAGUCAUGAAAAUAUACAAGCCUCAGACCUUUGUGGUCUGCUCGAAUGAAAGUGAUCUCGUCACAUCCGCAUACGACUCCCAGCGGCAGCGAUAUGUGUUGCAUAUCAAUCAACAGGUCGCUCAGCAGCUGCUCAACUUUACGGAUGCGGAGUACAAUUGUUUCUAUGAGGAAAUCAGCUACGGCCAGCACGUAGACACCUACGACAAACUCAAGGCAGAUAAAUACUUCACUGACGGCUAUGUGGUGCCCAAACAUGUGGAGGGGAUGCUGCUGGAGUGCCAGACGGCGGAAGAGCCCCACAAAGUGCUGCAGCGGGAUGCUCUCAUAUUCAUACAGUAUCAGCCAGAGGAGCCCACACCCAAGAAGAGGGCGUUAGUGCCCCGAAAGCCUAGCGUUAUAAUGUACGGCAUUGAUUCGUUGUCCCGCAUAAAUCUACGGCGCACGAUGCCAAAGGUAUACAAGUUCCUUAAGGGCACUGGAUGGUAUGAGAUGCAGGGAUACAAUAAGGUGGCCGACAAUUCGUUUCCCAAUCUGUUUGCAAUUCUCAGUGGCUAUUCACCGGAUACGGCAAAGUCCCAGGUCUGCGACACGGACCAGUCCGGCUGCUUCGAGGAGAUGCCAAUGAUAUGGCACUACUUCAAGAACGCCAGCUACUUGACGGCCUACGCGGAGGAUGAGAGUGGAUCGAAUACGUUCAACUAUCUGAAGCCCGGAUUCACCGAAAAGCCUACUGAUUACUACUUCCGACCCUUUCUGCGGGCACUGGAGGAAGAGACAGAGGUUAAACGCCUGCCCGGUCAGUUUAUGAGGUACUGCAUGGGGCGCCGUUUGGCAAAUCGUUAUAUCUACGAUUAUUGCCGGCAGUUCAUGCAGCGAUAUGUCAAGGAGCGACCCAUUUGGGGCAUGUUCUGGACCAAUCACUACAGUCAUGACGAUCCCUUCAUGCCUUCAGCCAUGCAGAACAAGGUACUUACCGAUCUGAUCAACUAUGAAAUCGACGGGGCCUUCGAUCAUACUAUAAUGAUAUUCUUUGCCGAUCAUGGAACAAGGUUCGGCAAGUUAAGAGACCUAAACUCGGGUUUCCUGGAGUCGCGUUUGCCAAUGAUGUUCAUUUACCUGCCUCCUUGGUUUCGUGAAGAGUACCCGAGCUACGCCCGUGCCCUGGAGAUCAAUCAGAAUCGAUUGAGUUCGAACUUUGACCUACACAAUACGCUGAUGCAUGUCAUUGAGGUCGGUGGUGGCAUACCGGGUAUGCCUGAAUUGCCCAAAUCCUAUGACUGCCCCACCUGCCAGUCGUUGUUUUACCCACUGCCCGAGGACCGGACUUGUGGCCAGGCGGCCAUUGAUGAGCAUUGGUGUACGUGUGAGCCAUAUCGAACCAUAUCCCAUCUGGGUUGGGCUGAUCGCAUAGCCGAGAGUGUGAUCCCCCGCAUGAAUGAGUAUUUCGUGGAAAAGAAUCUCACCCACCUGUGCAGCAAUCUAUCACUAAGCUACGUCCACAACACGAACAUAAAAACGGGUCUGGACAUCAGCUGGCACGAUGAGCUGCCCGAACUGAAGGAGGCCAUAUACCGCACAAAGUUCAAGGUGCAACAAAACAGCGCCGACUUCGAGGCAACGGUUGUCUUCAACAAUGUCACCGAAACGGCCGAGGUGAAUGUGGAGACAAUCAGUCGUACGAAUUCCUAUAAGGAAGAUUCGACCUGCAUUGAAGAUAAAAUAGCUAAAUUAUAUUGUAUAUGCUUUAGCGAUCUCAAGCCAUAGACUUCAUAAUCUCGACUAAUAUUAAACGUUAUUAGUAACUUAGAUAGGAAAUACAAGAAGAUAUAAAUGUUGUUAAAACGCUGGGCGCGCAGUCUAACAGGUUUCUUCAAACUCUCGCAUAUGUUUGUACUAACAUUGCUCGGAAAAAAGUGUGCUUCGAUUGAUCCUGCAAUUGUACAGAUAAAUACACAAAAUUAUUACAAGUA